UAUUUUUUUUCCACAAGGGCUCGUGAUGUCUUUUUAUGGGAUUGCGGGUCUCUUUAUUAGCUCCUAUUUGUGGUCCACAAUUUCGUGGAAUGUAGGUAGUGGUUAUGAUCGAUUUGAUAUAAAAGAAGGAAUAAUUUAGGAGUCUAUUAGUAGUACAACUGUCUAUUAGUAAUUGAUAUUUGAAUUUGGUCUUCCAAGAGUUUGACUAUUAGGGAUUCUUCAACAUACCAUCUGCGAAUCAGAGACUUUUUCUGGCAGUGAGACCCGAUUGUAUGGAGAAGUACGAGAAACUUGAGGAUAUUGGAGUUGGAGGCUUUGCGUCGGUUUACAAGGCCUAUCACCUGGAGACAAUGGAAACUGUUGCUUUAAAAGAAAUUCAUGUUUUUGACAAAUUUGAAGAAGAAGGUGUGACGAGUUCAAUAAUCAGAGAAAUCUCUUUGUUGAGAGAGAUGGAGCAUAGCAAUAUUGUCAGGUUGUUAGAUGUAGCUGUAGAGAAUGGAACGAAUAAAGUGUAUCUUGUUUCCGAGUAUAUGGAUGUUGAUCUGAAGAAGUUUAUGAAUCGUUCAGAGACUGCCAAUAAUCCACAUUUGAUAAAAAGUUUUCUGCAUCAGAUGCUCAGUGGUCUUGCCUAUUGUCAUUCUCACAAACUUGUCCACCGAGAUCUUAAACCACAGAAUUUGCUGAUAAACUCUAGUGAAAAAAUCCUGAAGCUUGCAGACUUUGGAUCAGCCAGGCCAGUUGGUGGUCCUCUCAAUAAAUGUACUGAAGGCAACGAGAUAGCAACUCAAAUUUAUGUUGCACCUGAACUCUUAAAUGGUUUGAAAUACUCCGCUGAAGCUGAUAUGUGGUCUGUGGGAUGUAUAUUUGCUGAGAUGUGUAACCAGGAGCCUCUCUUUGGUGCUUCACAUUAUUUUCAACUUGUACGCAAAAUUUUCAGCUUAUUGGGCAUACCAGAUGAACAGACCUGGCCUGAAGUGACUUUUCAUCGUCUAUUUUUGGAUAUUGCCAAGAAUACUCCUCCCAAGAAUCUGGCAGAAGUAGUUCCGAAUCUUGAACCAGCUGGAGUCGAUCUUCUUUCUAAAAUGCUUCGCUACAACCCAAGAGAAAGAAUUACAGCUUAUGAUGCACUGAUUCACCCAUACUUUGGUGACAUUGGUGGACCUUGAUUCCUCUACAGACCUGCAUCUUUCUGUUAUAUCAAAAUUACAACAAUUUGUAGUUUUAGUGUUGGAGAAGAACUGUGUACUUCCAUUGAUUGUGCAUCAUCUCAAUUAAGGUGGCCUAAACACCUACAGAUAGCGCUUGGAAAAUACCGUGGUUUGCGAUUCUCUCUGUCUCUCAAGAAAGAAAUUACUCGUAUGUUACAUAAACUUCUGGUUAAACCCGUGAAGCCUUCCUGAUUAAGGUGAUGGUAUGAUUGUGGAAGUGAGAUGUCCAUCCUUCAAAACAUUAUUGAAUGAAAAAGAUCACUUCCUCAAA